AUGACAGUUGUGCCUGGGCCCUUCAUCGACGAUGCUCACCUUCGAGGACUAUAUACCCUUCAGAAUGGAACUAGUAUUCCCAUCCUGAAGGGUUUAUACGGAGUUCCAGGUCUUGACGAUGCAAUUACUCAAGUUGCAAUUACUUUUUGCCAGCUAGUCUUCAACGACGACCAAAGAAUGUGGUGGCAAUGUGUCGUUUUCCUCACUGACUAUGCUGGCCUCACUGCCUUGUGGAUGCUCGAGUCUUUAAGAACCGCCAACAGGGGGACUUUCUUCCAGACAUUCGCCGUGCCCCUGUUUCUCGCCCAAUUCGUGACCGUGGGAAACAUUGCACCUUUAUACUUUUACUUUUUCUACGUCUUCUCUCCGUUGAAGAAGUACUCUACCGCUAGUGCCCGACUAAUUGACGGAGCGGGUGUGCUUGCUAUUCUCCCAACGCUGCUCGUGGUGUACUAUAUUCCACAUCUCAUCUCCCUCUUUCACCCUGAUUUUGAAACUAGACACUUGGCGAAUUGGAUAUGGCAACUUUACCCGCUAUGGGCCUCAAUACUCCUUUUUACACUAUCAAGUGUGAUAAGGCCGUUUCUCAGUGACAACGCCGAAGUUGUCCAGCGCCGUAAUAAGACGGGCAUUCGCGUCAUUGGAGGAGUCAUGAUAACGCUUAGCACUAUUUCGUACUGGUACAUGCUCUUCUUUUCGCCUCUGUCUGUAUCGGAGGCAUUGAUACCAAAAUAUUUCACCGAGCUUCCCAAAGACACGCCAACGUCGCUCACUAGCAUCUUCCAGUACGACUUCAUCACCUCUUUUACGUCAAUCCUGCUUUGGUUGGCAUACCAUUUGGGAGAUCUGAAGAGUGCUGGAAUUUGUCAACUAUCUUGGCCUCGAAUCUUGCUCUCUUCUGUUGUCAUUGGCUGCCUUGGUGGCCCGGGAGUGUUGGUUUGGGUUGGGUGGCUUACAAGAGAAGAAUUGAUGGCAUCAACGGAACAUUCCAAGACCAACUAG